GCCUCAAGUGGGGUGUGUCUGUGCGUAUGUAUAUAUAGAACAGAUGAAAUAAAACCCCUCACUCAUAGCUAGCAGGAUCACUUCUCGUCUUGGAAUUAUCAUUCCGUUCUUUCAGCACAACUACAACAUGGGCAAGCUCCUGGUUUUGUGUGUUGCAAUCCUUGCCUGCAUCGGUAUUGGAUCAGCUCUGCAAUGUUUGAAAUGCUCAUUCACCGUUUUUGACAUCCCCUGCCACACCUCAACCGUCACCUGCGAAGAGGGUCAGGUCUGUGCUACCAUCCAUGGAAGAGCAGCUGGCCACAAGCUUAUCAAGAAGAGGAACUGUGUCGAUCAGCAGAAAUGCAACCAGAACGAGACUGCAUCCUUCCUAGGGGUCAGCUACGUCACCACUUUUAACUGCUGCGAAGGCGACUUCUGCAAUUCGGCUGCCACGGUGCCCUCGGCCCAGCUCUCCCUGCCCAUGGCCUUGGCUAUGUUGGGCGUUUGGCUCACUCGCUUCCUCUAAUCCCUCUCCUCAGGAAGGAGAGCAAGCAGUUUCUACAGUGGGGGACAAUAAAUUUACCAAACACUGUGUAAAAUAGCUCUUCCCCUCCUUUUCCUUUUUCCUCUUUAAGAGGCAUUUGUUAAUUAAUUGAGGUUUGUAUUCCUCAUAAUCCUUUGCUAUCUUAAAACAUAUGAACUAAGUAUACGUUGGUUGUGGGAAAGGUUUGGGGGGACUAGAGAUGUGUUUGGAGAAGAAAGUCUCUCUUCCUUUCCCUUUUCUGUUGUCUCUUUAUCCCUGACCUUGGUUCUUUCAUUCUGGGUAUUCAUGCACAAAUGAGCAAUUUUUACCAUCCCCUUUACCACACAUCUGCACUCGAGCAAGUACACAUCUUGCUCAAGUUCCACAAGGAGAUAUAGAUUAGGGUGAACCAACACAGAAUGAAAUAUCAUCUGCUGAUAGUCCACUUGGCAAUUUGUAGUAGAUCACAAGGGUUUCUGAUUCCCAUUAGCUUAAAAAUAUCCAAAACAGAGUCACCUUUGAUCCACAUUAGUCUGCUGAAACGAAGAAAGUUCAAGGAAAAACCAGGCAUGGGUUUUUGUGGCAAGGACUGUGAGCUCCAUCCUAGGACUGUAGGCAAAUUCCCGAGCCAACCAUGUGCUCAGUGGCACCCUGUGCCUUAAUUCUAAGUGUAUGUCCACCUCCUGGAGCUACAAUUUCACACCUGGUGUACCUCAGUUGGUGUACCUCAAGGUUUUUGUAAAAACACAAAAUAGAUCCUCCGGGCCUCAAGCCUAGUUAGUUUGGUCAUCCAGGCUCACUUACCAAGUGAUUUGCAGCCACACUGUUGUAAAUAGGUAAUCACUUGGCAAAGAAGUGCCUCCAUCCACCUGUAUAAACUUUAUCCCAAGCUAAUGCCAACAAGGUCAGCCACUUGCUAAGGCCCCAAACCAUUUUAAGAGUGAACUUAGUGAGGGGUGGGGGGGGUGGGGGUGUACCACUGCAAGGAACUCUGGGACAUACUCUCACUUUGUAGGAGACCUGCCUUUGUUGUCAGCCAGAGUCUCCUCCAGUGGAGUUCUUUGAGGGCAAUAAAAACCUGGAACUGAAUCUUGUAUUAUCGUUCAUCCUUCUUUUUCAUCACCUUUCUCUUGCAUUUCAUUUUUCCAUUACUUUUUGUUUUCCCUUCAUUUCUCACUUCUUUUCAUUCAUUACAAUCCCUUUCUUUCCUUUUCUUCUUAAUAUAUAUGCUUAAACUUUCUUUGUCUCUUCCUUCUCAGCCUUUUCAACCAUUUACAGUUCCUCCUGCUUUUAUUUCCUUCCUGUUCUCCCUUUUUUCAUUAGCACUCCAAGUUCUUCCAUUUAAAUCCACUUACUGUAUCAACAUGUAUUUUUUAUGCCCCUCCCAAGAGCCUGUGGUCAACUUUCAUAACUCACACACAAAAUAUGCUGACCACUCCUUGCUUUAAGCAUGGCUCUGGGAUUCAUCCUGUUUUGAUUCUUUAUCUUUCCCAGACAGCAAGCUUUACUGCGGCUUUAUUGUGGCUUUCUUUACCCCUGACAUAUAUCAGGCUAGGCUCUAAUGCACAAUGAAAAAGCCAAAUUGUGUGUCAAGUGCUCCCCAAUAUCUCGCACAGACUUCGACAUGAAUCCAGCCGAUGUGCGAACACACACCCUCAAUUCCUGUGGGAAAGAGAGCUAAAAGCCUCGUCUGGGGAUGCUUCUGAUGACAGUAACGUUUCAUUGAGGAAGUAUUCCAGAAUGUAGAUAUUCCCCCUGCCCCAAAGUGCACUUUUUUUUUGGCAUUGGGGGUGUGCCCUUCAGCAGAUGCCAGUGUUUGAAUACGGAAACCAAAUAUAUCAACCAAACUGAUAAAUGUCUUUUUUUAAAGGUAUGCAAGUUAUAUAUGUUGCCAGUACACUGAUCAAAAUAUAACAGCUCCACAACUGUCUGUCCAUAAGGCAAACAUUUAGACCCAGAUGGGUGCUAAAUGUACAUUGUAACUGUUCUGCAAGCAUCCAGCUGUGCAACUUCUGCUCUGCACACACAUCUGGAAGGAUUGUUGAGCUGAGCCUCCAUUUCUGUUCCAGCUACACCACAAGCUGUUGUAGGCAUGCCUGUGUGCAGCCACGUACUUCAGAAUUCAGAGUCACACUCGGCUACUGGAAUCUUGUCUUCAGAUGUUGGCUGGGCAGCAUUUCAAGCAAAAUGCCCUAUCAAGCCCCACAUUCAGACCUUCCUCGUGCCUUCAUAUGCUGUUUGUGGGCUUAGGCAACUGGUGAUGGACUAGGCAGAUCCUUUGUCUGAUUCAGCAGGUUUCUUCUGGCUUCCUUAAAUUUGUUUCUCACAAAUAGCAGUUCUGCCAACAAGGCAUCCAUUUCAUGCCAACAAUAUAAAUAAAGAUCUGGAGACCAUUCCAAAAGCUAUAUUUCAGGACUCUGGAGUGAGCAAAUAAAUAGGUUUUAUGUCUUUCCUUACACUGAAGUACAGCUGAAAUUGAAAAUUUUGCAUCAGUUUCAAAUUACCAGUUUUUUAAAUUCAAAAUUUAGUUUUCACAUGAAAAUCCAAGUACAUGAAUUGAGAUAACAUUUUCCCUUCCAAAAUUCAUAUUUAGUUAUUAAAGCUCGGGAGCUACCCAGAAAAUUACAUCAAAAAAUCACUUUCUAUUUCCUUAUCAGCAAUAACAGCUUGAGAAAUAUUUGCUAUUUAAGGAAUAGACGGUUAGAUACUAGAGUUUCACGUUUUGCUCCGGAGGGCAGAGGUGGAUGCGGGGAAGAGAAUGAAACUCAAAGGCACACCUGCACCUUACCCCCAAAGAGCUGAACAUUCAUUCAGAUUUAUACAUUUCAAAAUUUGGAUUUGAAGGCUGAGAUUUCAUAUGAAAUCCAAACAUUUUGGAAUUCAUGUGAGACACUUUCCCUUUAAAUUAACUGUAGCUCUAAAGAAUAUCUUCAUUUCUAGAAAAAUAAAUACGAUUCCACAUAUUUGAGUUUCUUUCCCUCGCCCUCUUUCUCACUUCAACAUUGCCUCAUUUUCCUAAGAUAAUUAUCAUGUGCACCUGACAAUGGCAUUCAUUUUUUAAAAAAUAUUAAUUCUAAAGCUGUUGCUACAAAACAAAAUAAAAAUGAAUUUACUCUACAGUACUCUAAAGAUAUUUUUGCUAAGAUAUCUCAGAUAUGGAGAAAGUAGCCUCCCCAGGGGCAGAUUAGAGUCUGUAAUCUCUAAAAGUGAUCUGCUUCCCUGUUUUGGGUUGCUACUUGCCCCAAAACAUCUGGAGGCAGAUCUUUCAGCAAAUAUCGCUACUAUUUCCACCCAGGCAGGCAAAUGCAAGAUGGCUUUGCAGUCACAGUCACAGCCAGCUCGCCAAUGAGGCCAACUGAGGUCGCUGCCUCAGGUGGCGGAUGGCCGGGAGGCAAUCCCCAUCCCUGUCAACCACCUCCAUGCAGUCUACAUCCAACCCAUGCAGCCAGCCACCUCCGUGCAGUCUACAACUGCAUCCCUACCACACCCAGAAGUGCACCAGUGGUGGACUGCUACACCUCUUCUUCUUUUGCUCUCCUUCCUUCUUUUUUAAAAUGGUGGGAACCAGGAGGAAGAAGAAUUGUGGAGAAGAGAAUGUAAGCUACAGCAGUCUAGCCCACACUCUCAUCUCCCAUUCCUCUUCCACACUCUUUCCCUCUAUCAGAAACAGUAGGAACAAGAGGAAGAAGAGCAGUGGUGCUGGUGCACUACUGGCCAAAAGGAAGAGCCUGAGGGAGGGAGAGCAACAGUGGUAUUAGUGCUCUACUGGGUAACGGAGGGUGUGCAGCUGCCACCAAGUAGAAAGGCUGAUUUGGUGCCUUGUAAGAUGGAGCAGUCCCUUGUCAUGCUGCCUCAGAUAUUGGUGGGGGCUUGGGCUGGCCCUGUAUACAGUGCUUCCCUCUGGUGGCAUCUCUGAGACCGGCAAUGCUUCAGCUGGCAAGGCUCCAGUUGCUGUUCUGUUUUUUCUGAAUCCGUGCCAAAUAAAGUUUGGUUUGAUGCUCGCUU